ACGUCAGAAGAGCAAACACAGGGCUGCAGCGAACAGCUGCUCCGCGAUUGUAACGGCUGCGGACGGCAGGCGGAGAGUAGCCCACUGCAUGCACAACCCGCCGAUGCGCUCAAUGCUUUCGAGUGUUUCAACUUUUUUUCUUUUUGCACACAUUUUCCACGCACGUUAGCGGCUCGUUCGUGAAAGAAGAAUGAAGCGCAAAAGCGAAAGGAGGCGACCCGAGACGAGGAAAAAGCGCUGUGCAGCCAAACGCGAAGAGGCGGAGCCGAGGUCCGACAUUUACAUUGGCAUAACUGAUCAACUCUAUUUUGCUGUUCUCCAACAUAAAGUAAAAAGCACACCAGAGAGGCAUUAUUUUUGUAUAGACGAAGAACUCUCCUAUGAAAAUUUCUACGCAGACUUUGGGCCGCUCAAUCUGGCCAUGUUCUACCGCUUCUGCUGCAAGCUCACCAAGAAAUUGAAGUCCUAUACACUUGCAAAGAAAAAAAUAAUUUUCUAUACUUGUGGGGACCAGAAGAAGCAAGCGAAUGCGGCCUAUCUGAUUGGCUCCUAUGCAGUGAUGCACCUGCAGAAGUCUCCUGAGGAGGCCUACAGCCUGCUGGUGUCCCGAAACUCCACCUACCUGCCCUUCAGAGAUGCUUCGUUUGGAACCUGCAUGUACAAUCUCAACAUCCUGGACUGUUUACGUGCCAUCAGCAAGGCCUUGCAGUUCGGAUGGCUCGACUUCUCCAAAUUUGAUGUUGAGGAGUAUGAACAUUACGAGCGGGCGGAGAACGGAGAUUUUAACUGGAUCAUUCCAGGGAAGUUUCUGGCUUUCAGCGGCCCUCAUCCAAAGAGCAAAAUUGAGAACGGAUACCCGCUCCACGCCCCCGAGGCCUACUUCCCGUACUUCAGGAAGCACGGCGUCAGCACCAUCGUGCGGCUCAACAAGAAGAUGUACGACUCGCGGCGCUUCACCGACACGGGCUUCGAGCACCACGACCUGUUCUUCGUGGACGGCAGCACGCCCACCGACGCCAUCGUCAACCGCUUCCUGAACAUCUGCGAGAACGCCGAGGGCGCGGUCGCCGUGCACUGCAAAGCCGGCCUGGGCAGAACAGGCACUCUGAUUGGCUGCUACAUGAUGAAGCACUACAGGCUGACCGCGGCCGAGGCCAUCGCCUGGAUCCGCAUCUGCCGGCCCGGCUCUGUCAUCGGGCCCCAGCAGAACUUCGUGGAGGACAAACAAUCCGGCCUUUGGGCAGAGGGGGAUUGCUAUCGGGACAAGAUGGAACAGGAGAACUGCCUGAACAAGAUGGCCGUCACCAGGAUCCUGUCGGGCGUGGACGACAUCUCCAUUAACGGGAGCAACAAGAACAGGACGGCAGGGAGACAGGAGGCUGAACAGUAUAAUGACGAGGACGAGAGGAACGGGGUCACGCAGGGGGAUAAGCUUCGGGCUCUGAAGAGCAAGAGGCAGGCCAGGUCCUCCACUGGCUCCCUCACAUUGGAAGAGAAUAAAAUUCACACCAGGUCUUCAUCACAGUCUCUACGGAUCAUCCUGCAGGGCUGCCAGGCCAAAAGUGUGGACGGGAGAAAGAGGACGAGAUCGUCUCUGGGGAACGGGGAGCUGGACAGCCAGUUGUUAAACACGCGGCUGGCCCGGUCGCUAGGCAACCUGAACGUGGUGGCCAGCGACGCGGACUGGCCGGAGCGCGGAGGGGCGAGGGCGGGCGUUAGGGCCGGAGACAGCAACCUAAACACCCUGAACGCCCUGAACGCCCACCGCCAGCUCCAGCUCCCAGACUCCCCCUCUCACGGGCUGCUUAGCGGGCGGGGCCUGAGUCUGUCUCAUUCAACUCCGCGUGGUGCGGGGAAGGAGAACUCGAUGCUCUGUGCAGUCGAUACGCUUUGCCAGACUAUGUCACUCCAUUCCUAAAGCCCGAGUGCCUCUUCUCCGGUGAAACGCCUCGGCCAUUCCAGCCAGGACCGCCCCGCGCCCCGGCCCCACCGCCCACCCCUGACCCCCCGAGAGGAUUACUGCGCUGGAACUCAUUUACCCAGUGCUCGCGGUGUCCCAUGUUCUGAGGCUGAACGGGCUCUCGCUUCUUCAGAAGUCCCCGUGAACUAAGAUGUGGUAAAUAUUGUAGAAUCGAGCCCUCAUUUUGAGAUUCGGGUGUUGGCUCGACUGUCAAUCAUCCUCUAAUGUUUUUUUUAAUUACUAUUAAUUUGCCACCCAAAUUGGGGCAGUAUUCCACCCCCCCGAUCUGGAAUGUCGCUCUGAGGCUCCAGCUGCCCUGCCAAUUUGGGAGACGUCCACGAUUCUCCUCCCAGACACGAGAUAUCCGGCGGCUACCGUCCGUGCCGCAGAUAAGUUUACACAGAGCCGCGUCGGAGGAGGACGUACGAUUCUGACAUGCAGUCUGAGGAGCGCUCUUAUCGGCCAGUGGAGGGCGCUCAAGAGUGACGAAAUGUGGAUCCCUUUUCCCACUGGACCCUCCCUGACCGGACCCUCCCAGACCCGCGGGCACCAGUUUGAGUGGCGCUGUGGAACUGGCCAGUAUUCACCCACGCGGCCUGGAUUGAAUCCGAGGCCGCGAGAGGCUCAUCCGUGCACCACGGCGGGGGCAGACCUGGCUUCAAAUACCACUUGCGUUUGAUUCAAACACUUCUCUGCAUUUGACAAAGCUUUACUGGGUGUCGUUGACCAAGUGAAAUGAUCCCAAAAGUGUGAGCCCCACCCAUCUGCUCCUCCUUGCAGGCUCAAAUGCACCAGGCAAUAUCAAUGGAGCACAGAAAAGUAUUUGAAUCCUAAACAAAUACAAUUUGAACCCAGGUCUGCAACGUGGUGCCUUAAAUGAACGAUCCAUCUAGUACCCCCUUUUCUUUUCCUUUUUUUCUAAUGUUUGAUGUUUGUAUCAUGUAAUGACUAACAUGGACUUCAGUAUUGGUAAUAGGCUUGGCUGUUCAUAAAUCUGUCAGUGUUCUAUCCUCUUCCCAAGUGCUCAGUAUACACAAAAUGGCCACCGCUUUCCUCUGAAGUGAAGUGAGAUUUUUGUCUUGUUUUGGCUUCAAGCUGCUGUACUUUAUACUGUAAAUAUAUAAACCUUUAAUAUACUGCAGAUCCGGUGUAAUUUUAUACUUGUAAAUAUAUUUUUUAUUUGGUACUCUUUGGUAGGUUUUUGAUUAAACAUUCUUUUGAGAUUAAAUCAUCAUGCUAACUGAAUGUCUUUGGAGCAGUGAUGCGUUCAUAUUGACCAUGGUAAUUGUGUGGGAGAAUAUUUGUGACUCAAGUACAUGAAAUUAUAAAGAACUUGUGUUGCCGGUUUUUCCCAAUAAAAUCUUUCCAUCCCAUUAA